CAAAGCUCCGUCCUCAAGCUGCCAAAGCUCGAGACUUUUCCUACUACCCUGCGAACCUUCCUCACCUCCCAGCCCAGCUUUCACCUUCCCUCACUGCUGAUACAUAGCAUACUCUACUUAGACGAGACAUCUCUCAAUUCGCGCGAUCAGAAACUAAGAAAAUGGCGCCUGCCACCCAGUUUGAGAUCGCCCAAUCCCCGGGCGACGCGCUCACGGCAGUUGUCUUUGCGCCCGAUGAUCCGAGCCGCCUUCUCGUCUCAUCAUGGGACAGAAAGCUCUACAUGUACGAUGUCGCCCAGGGAAAGGAGGAAGCGACUCUGGUCAAGACGUUCGACCACCGUGCGCCCGUGCUGGCAGUCUGCUUCGGCGCCAACAAAGAUGUUGCCUUCACGGGCGGAGUUGACCGCUGGGUCAAGAAAAUCAACCUUGCGACCGGCGAGCAGACGGUCUUGAGCGAGCACACGGCGCCUGUCCGCUGCGUCGUCUACAGCCCAGAUCACUCCAUUCUCAUCUCUGCCUCGUGGGACUGUUCCCUUCAUAUUCACCACAUUUCCGACGACUCCAAACCGUCAACGCCUCUCAAGAUCCAACUUCCCGGAAAGGCGUACUCGCUCGCUGCCAGCCCUUCGAAGGUAGUGGUGGCCAUGACGGCGCGACUUGUUCACAUCUACGACCUGCCGACGAUCGCAUCUGUGCUCGCCCUGUCGGCUACUAGCAACGGCCACAGCGACACCGAUGCCAAGGCCGACAACAGCGGAAUCCCGACCCCAGUGGUCUCAGACAUACAGCCCUGGCAGCAGCGCGAAUCGCCGCUCAAGUUCCUGACGCGCGCCGUUUCUUGCAUGCCCAACGACGCCGGCUACGCCACGUCGAGCAUUGAGGGCCGCGUGGCCGUUGAGUGGUUCGAGGACACGCCCGAGUCGCAGGCGCGCAAGUACGCCUUCAAGUGCCAUCGCCAGGUGGCUCCCGAGGAGGAGGGCGGCGGCGACAUUGUCUACCCCGUCCACGCGCUCGCCUUCCACCCAGUCUACGGCACGUUCGCGUCGGGUGGCGGCGACGGUACCGUGGCACUCUGGGACGCCGAGGCCAAGCGCCGCAUGCGCCAGUACCAGGGUCUGCCCGAGGGUGUUCAUUCGCUGGGCUUCUCUGGUGACGGGAAAUACCUGGCCAUCGGCACGUGCCCCAACUUUGAGCAUGGAAUGGAGGAUUAUAGCGGAGUGGGCCGCACGCACGUCUUCAUCCGCGAGCUCAGCGAGACAGAGGCCAAGGGCAAGGGAUCGAAGUGAGAUGGUUGUGUAUGAUUUGGGGUGUUGCGGCUGCAUCUAUCUUCUUGUGUCUGUAUACCUUUGAACCUUUGACUGGCGUUCUGGAGAAAGGGACAUGGCGGGAUACGCAAAUAUGGCUUGACGGAAACAGCACUGUGGUUGGAUAUAUGGGAGAUUCCCUUGGGAUUUGGUGUGUGGCAAAAAACAAAACAAUCUUUCUGUUUUCGUGUCAUGCGACUGAUAUUCAGAGCUACAGAUACUCUGGCGAAGGGGGGCACGUUUGUUGGCAAACGAAUCUCGGGGCUACAUGUACGUUUACAAUGCAAUGACUGAUUUCUGGGUCACUGAACCUCCCCAUCACAGCAUGGCUAGGUUCAAGUUCUCUACAUCAAAUCCUUCAACGUCUUCUUCCCAAAG